CACACUCACCCCCAAACCCCUCUCCUCCUUCAUUGCCUUUCUCCUUUGUCAUUGUCUUGCUUCCAGAUUUCUCAGGGAGGGGGUUUGUCCGAAGCAUUGGAUCGCCAUGGCGAAGGUGUUUGCGCUGUUUCUCUUGGCUCUUCUCGUCAUUUCCAUGCUUCACACCACUGUUUUGGCUUCCCAUGGCCAUGGUGGUCACCACUACGACCAAAAGAACUAUGGUCCGGGGAGUCUGAAGAGCUUCCAAUGCCCGUCACAGUGCUCGAGGAGGUGCGGCAAGACACAGUACCACAAACCUUGCAUGUUCUUCUGUCAGAAAUGCUGCAAAAAGUGCCUGUGUGUUCCCCCAGGGUAUUAUGGUAAUAAAGCCGUCUGCCCAUGCUACAACAACUGGAAGACCAAGGAAGGAGGACCAAAAUGCCCCUGAUUUGUUCCCUUAUUUACCCAUAUUUAUCAUAUAGUGUUGCAGUAGUACUAAGUACUAACUAAUAUAUGAAUAUGUCAAGUGUCGUAGGCCUCUUAUGGUCUGCUGGAUUUUGCAGUAUCUGGGUAUUUUUGGAAAAUCGAGAAUGACUCGAGUGAUCGAUCAUGAUGCCAUGGAGUCACUCCAUUGGGGUUUGUCCCUAGGAUGAGAGUGGCUGAUCUAUCAUGUUGUAUUUGUUAUUUUGAUUUUUACUUAUAUGAGAAUUUUAUAUGUUUAGGGUCUUCCAUUUAUGAGAUGUAGUUUGUUUGUGGCUUUUCCUAAA